AUGCAGGGCCUUGCACGUGGGAGCCGGGCUCCCCUGGGCCUGCUCCUGAUCUGUCUGUAUCUGCCAGGCCUCUUUGCACGGAGCAUUGGGACACCAGAGGAGAAAAUCUCCCCACAUUCUGGAAAACCUUCCUUCACCGGCGUCUUCAAGCUUGGGACAGCGGGCUUGGCGCAGCCUCAGCCCAAGCCAGACCUCGUGAAUCAUGAACCACCGAGGGGUCUUCCAAGGUUCCCUGGAUUCUCACAAGAUGGUGCGCUACCUGAGGUGCCCAGCCAGCCUCCCUUCUGGGGGGAGUACCCCAGGGAGUUCUGGCUCUCCGAGGAGGACCCUCAGCAAGGGAUGGAGGCUGCUGCUGAGGACCGCUGGGAGCGAGUGCUGCCGGAAGCCCUGUCAUACCUUUCCAGAGGCAGACCUCUUCCUAUGGCUUCCUCGGCAUACGAAGCUUAUGGACCUGAGGACUCAGAGUCUGUACAGCCUGGUUCCAGUCCGCUGAGAACCGAGGCAGAAGCCUUCGCCCAGCACCCGUUUUUGUACUUCAUCCACAGAUUACUGCCUGGUUUUCCUUGGGGGAUUCUAAGUCCCAGUGCAUCUUGGGGAGGUGGAGGAGCAGGAACAGGGUGGGGAAGAAGGCCCAUGCCAUUCCCUUCUGGAAUAGGGGGUAGCGAUAGUCAAUUAGCAGGUCGGCACCCAGUAGUCAGUUGGGGGCCCAACGGUCUGUAUCCUACAGGCAGCUGGGGGAAUAGUGGUCGGUAUCCUACAGGAAGCUGGGGGGGUAAUGGUCGGUAUCCUGCAGGAAGUUGGGGGGGUAAUGGUCGGUAUCCUGCAGGCAGCUGGGGGAAUAAUGGCCGGUAUCCUGUAGGCAGCUGGGGGAGUAAUGGUCGGUAUCCUGCAGGAAGUUGGGGGGGUAAUGGUUCGUAUCCUGCAGGCAGCUGGGGGGGUAAUGGUCGGUAUCCUGCAGGCAGCUGGGGGGGUAAUGGCCGGUAUCCUACAGGAAGCUGGGGGGGUAAUAGUCGGUAUCCUGCAGGAAGCUGGGGAGCCAGUGGUUGGAAUCGGUUUCCUCAAGGAGUCCGACCUUCUGGUCCCAAUCAGCUUCCUCCCGGAGUCCGACCCCCUGGCUCUUCGGGGACCCUCCCAAACCCCAGUAUGCUGUGUGUGUACCCUCUGGACAGCCGGGCAUCACCCCAGAUCCAGGCGGCUGGGCAACUUGUAGGAGAGAAGCAGGUGGGGCCUAAGGGAUGGGAGCCGCCUGCCCGGGUGGGACAUGCUGUCCUGGUGUCUGUGCAAGAGCAGGGUCUACGUCUGCAGCUGCUGGACAGGCUGGAGAGACCCCAGGGAAGAGCAGGGUCUAUGUCUGCAGCUACGGACAGGCUGGAGAGACCCCAGGGAAGAGCAGGGUCUGCGUCUGCAGCUACGGACAGGCUGGAGAGACCCCAGGGAAGAGCAGGGUCUGCGUCUGCAGCUACGGACAGGCUGGAGAGACCCCAGGGAAGAGCAGGGUCUGCGUCUGCAGCUACGGACAGGCUGGAGAGACCCCAGGGAAGAGUAGGGUCUGCGUCUGCAGCUACGGACAGGCUGGAGAGACCCCAGGGAAGAGCAGGGUCUGCGUCUGCAGCUGCUGGACAGGCUGGAGAGACCCCAGGGAAGAGCAGCUCUGGUAAUGGAACUAAUGGGCCGGGCAUAAGCUCUCUCUACCUCAGUUUCCUUAUCCGUGAAAUGGGGACAGUCAGAGCUUUCGGGAGGAAGCCACCCGACAUUAACACGUUAGAGGCUCAGCACGGGGUUAAAUCAAGGCUCGUGCAAAUGAUCCUGUGCUCUUCUGCCCCAAUACAGCUGGUGCUGGACCAACUUCUUGGCCCUCUUUUUGAUGACUUGGUCUUUCCCAGAGGGUCUGAGGUUAGCCGUAAUGCCUGUCAGGAGAUGGCAGCUGUGCAGGCCACAACCAGGACGUCUACUGGCAAAUUUCAUCAUGUUUAA